AUGACUGCGAAGCACCUUGCGGCACCUCGCAAUCUGCCACACGCUCAGGAAAAGUUCCUAUCACUCGUCAUCGUGGUAGUAAUCUACUCAACUGUUCAUAAUCAAACAGUGGCCGCAAGCGGACGCAAUGACUACAAUGUCGUGCUGGCCACCAUGGCGUGCAACUUGGUGGCACUGAACGUUAUCAUCACCCUGGCCUUCUCAACAGUAGCGAUUGCACAGCUGUAUCUUGCGGAAGGUGACCUCUCGCUGGACAGCGUCCAGGCUUCUUGGAUUGCCAGUAUCCCGUACAUCUGCCAGCCCGUGGGCAGUAUCAUGUCGGGGUUCCUUGUGCAGCUGUUGGGCCGAAAGUUCUCCCUGAUGCUAGUCAACGCACCUUUCCUCAUCGGCUGGAUGCUGGUCUGUACUGCAAAAUCUUUCGAGCAGUUCGUCGCAGCACAAGUCAUCCUCGGCGUCACCAUCGGACUGUGCGAAGCGCCGCUCAACACGUACUACGGCGAGAUAAGCCAGCCGGAGCUACGGGGCAUCCUGGCGGGAACAGCGGGGGUAUCCUACCAGUCGGGCUUCUUCCUGGAGUACCUGCUGGGAACAGUGACCCACUGGCGCACAGUGGCCAUCGUCAAUGCGGUCUUCCCUGUUGUCACUGUCAUUUACCUCAGCCAGAGGGCCGCACUGCGAACGUUACAGGAAGCAGAACAACCGGAAGCAGACACACUUCUGGACUGGUCGGGACAUCAGGCCAACGGCAAAGCGCCAGGAGCACCACGUUGGAACUGUCUGCAUACAGCACGGGACCUGUUUCGUCCUCCGACUCUGAGGCCGCUGUCGCUUGUGAUACCGUUCUUCUUCUUCGUCCACUGGUCAGGGAUGACAGCAAUCAGGCCCUAUAUGGUACACGUAUUCGAAAGCUUCCACGUGCCCAUCGAUCCAAAUUGGGCCACAGUGGUGUCGGCUGGCACAGGAAUCCUGGGCUCCAUGUGUUUGCUGCUGCUGGUACAUUCGGCCGGCAAACGUUUCCUGUCACUUUGCUGCACCUCUCUGUGCUUCGUGGCCUGCCUCCUUCUCGGACUAUACGCCUUCAUGGUGCCCGGAGUUCCGGAUCCUGCGGUGCAAUGGCUACCACUCAUACUCUUCAUCGUCUUUUACCUUGAAAAGCGUGUUGUUCUACGUAGAAGAUGA